CUCUCACCCACUAGAUCCAAGAGGCCUCAGUCACUUAGAUCCAAAGGCCCUCACCCACUAAGAUCCAAGGGCCCUCACUCACUUGGACCCAAAGGCCCUCACUCAGUUAGGUUCAAGGGCCCUCGCCCACUUAGAUCCAAGGGCCCUCACUCACUUAGAUGCAAAGGCCCUCACUCAGUUAGAUCCAAAGGCCCUCACUCACUUAGAUCCAAGGGCCCUCACAUACUUAGGUCCAAGGGCCCUCACUCACUUAGGUCCAUGGACCCUCUCCCACUUAGAUUCAAGGGCCCUUACUCACUUAGAUCUAAAGGCCCUAACUCAGUUAGGUUCAAGGGCCCUCGCCCACUUAGAUUCAACGGCUCUCACUCACUUAGAUCCAAGGGCCCUCAAAUACUAAGGUCCAAGGGCCUUCACUCACUUAGGUCCAUGGGCCCUCUCCCACUUAGAUUCAAGGGCCCUUACUCACUUAAAUCCAAGGGCCCCCACUCACUUAGAUCCAAGGGCCCUCACUCAUUUAGGUCCAAGGGCCCAUACCCACUUAGAUCCAAGGGCCCUCACCUACUUAGCUCCAAGGGCCCUCACUCACUAAGAUCCAAGGGCCCUCAUUCACUUAGAUCCAACGGCCCACACUCAGUUGGGUUUGAGGGCCCUCGCCCACUCAGAUCCAACGGCCUUAACCACUUAGGUCCAACGGCCCUCAUUGAUUUAGGUCCAAGGGCCCCACCCACUUAG